UUGCUCCGUCGUCGUAUUUUCGCGCCCGCCGACGCUGUUUCCGGCGGUCCGCUGCACCCGUCACACCGCACAACGGUCUCGCCGCCACGCACCGUCUCCGGCACCGCCGUCACGCCAUUUCUUAGCGCCCCGCAACAGGUAUCCGUCGCGCGCCAAACAUACCCAUCGCCGCCGCCGCCGCCUAGUCCGUUUCCGCGCCCGCACAUGGUACGCCGCUCGACCGUCCAGCACCCGACGGGUCACGUGCACGCGCGCCGACGAUGACGUGCUAAUGACUGGAUGUCACGCGAAUCGCUCAGCACGCCGCCGUCGCGUUCAACCCCGUCCGACUAAAUGGAAGUGUACGUCUUGUUACAGGAUACCAAUUCGAUAUCAAAUUCGACAAACAACGGGACCCCGGAAAAUGACGAGUACGAGGACAGCGGAGAGGUGGCUUUGACAGCGCUGCCACUCUUCUGCAUAGGAUCGUUUCUGAUCGUUGUUAUAUUCUUGUCGAUCGCUGGCAACGUGCUGGUGUGCAUGGCCAUCUACACCGACAGGGGCCUGCGAAGGAUCGGCAACCUGUUCUUGGCCUCGCUGGCGAUCGCCGACCUUUUUGUCGGAGCAUUGGUCAUGACGUUUGCGCUAGUAAACGACCUGCAGGGCUACUGGAUGUUCGGCGCCAAAUUCUGUGACAUAUGGACUGCCAUAGACGUGAUGUGCUCCACCGCAUCCAUACUCAACCUAUGUGCCAUAUCACUCGACAGAUACAUUCACAUCAAAGACCCACUGAGGUACACGACGUACUUGAACCGGAGGAACGCGCUGCUCGGGAUCGCCGGAGUGUGGGCGCUGGCGGCGUUCGUGUCGGUGGUGCCCAUCUGCAUACUGAGCAUCCACCGGCCGCCCAAGCCGGUGGUGUUCCACGCGGGCGACACCGAGUACAUGCGGUGCGCGCUCGACCUGACGCCCGAGUACGCCAUCAUAUCGUCGUGCAUCAGCUUCUACAUACCGUGCGUGGUGAUGAUCGGCAUCUACUGCCGGCUGUACCGGUACGCGCAGAAGCACGUGCAGAGCAUCCGGGCGGUCACCCGGCCGCUGACCACGACCACGACCACGACGACCGCGGCGGCCGCGGCGUCGUCGGCCACGCUGACCGCGGUGCACCACCACACGUCGCCGUACCACGUGAGCGACCACAAGGCGGCAAUCACGGUGGGCGUGAUCAUGGGCACGUUCCUGCUGUGCUGGGUGCCGUUCUUCUGCGUCAACAUCAUCGCGGCGUUCUGCAAGACGUGCAUACCCGAGGCCGCGUUCAAGGUGCUCACGUGGCUCGGCUACUCCAACUCGGCGUUCAACCCCAUCAUCUACUCGAUAUUCAACACCGAGUUCCGGGACGCGUUCCGCCGCAUACUCACCACCCACUACCCGGACUGGUGUUUCUGCAAGGGUUACCGGACGGUGGUGCUCAGCUCGGACGCGUCGUUCCGGCACCACCAGCGGCGGAAGACCACCGGCGGCGGCGGCGGCGGCGGCGGUUGCGAUUUCGUGUCGUCCGCCUCGGCCACGGCCGUCGUCGCCGCGUCCACCGUCGUCAAGCACAACGGCAAGGCGGCCGCCGCGUCCACGGCGUCCGUGCAGCAGUCGUGCGGCGGCGGGGGCGGGGGCGGCGUGUGCGGCCCGCAGGUCGCCAGCCCGAGAUCGUCGGUGGCGUCGCUCCGCCAGUCGCGGCUCAACUCGUCCGAAAAGAUCAUCAUCGAAGCCGACGAGGAGAUCUGACCGCCCCGCGGUGUCCGGCCGCCGCGCGCCACCCACGACAUGCCUCGUUUCGCCGUCGAAUAUCUCGUCUGAACGACAGCGCUCCCCGCAGAAUCACGCGAUAAUAAUAAUAAUAAUGUUCCGUGACGACGUGAUUUCUGUACAUUAUUGGCCCAUAAAUUAUUACGUACGCUGUUAUAAAUAUGUGUAUAGUAUUGCAGUAAUGGUGCGGGGACAGGGGCCGCCGUACCGCCUACGCAGAACAGCGACCGUUUAUUUUAAAUAUAUUAUGUCUCGAGGUAUAUGCGUUUUCUCUGCACCGUCAAACGGCGGAACUGCAGCACUUUGCAGCGUCCGCGGUGUCCGGACCGGUAGUCGACGCUACAGACGCCGAGUCCAGACGCUGAAGGGAAAACGAGUGUACCUGCAGAUACCGAUGUGUUGUGGCUAAAUAGUGUGUUAAAAUCGUUUUCCCUAGUUGAAAGCUUUAGAGAAAAAUCUAAUCCUCGUCGCUGCACGCAUUUCCCGUCCGCGAGUCUCACGCACGCAUCGUAAUAAAACGCGUCCUUUAUCGAUUUUCCGUCGCACAUUGCUAUGUUGCAGUCCAUCCCGCUCGGUACUUACAAUAGGUACUAUCGCAAUAACUAUAAUAAUAUCGCUCACGCAUAACCAAUGAUAACGUAUACACGAGUCCCACUCCCCCGCCUAAAUCGCUGCGGAAAUCACCUCUGCGCGCGGUAAACGGUUUAAUAAAAUCUGUUAUUAUAUAUUUAUUUUUUUAUGAUACGUUUCCUACAGAAAAAAAAACGAAAUUCAAAGCGUAAACGUACGACAAGUUAUGGCUGUUUACAACUUUUCGUAUGGAUUUUCAAACCAAAAGUUUAAAUCCAUAAGCUACCGACAUUAAUAUUAUAAUUCUAGGGACCGGAUGUUGAUCAUUUUUCAUUUUUUUUUUUUUCGAACAUUUUAGACGACGCUUUUAUAGUUAUAAUUGUAUUUAUAAACAUUAUAAUAAACCAUAUAAAUUCUAAAUAAUAUAUUUUCAUUCUGCAAUUGUUGUCAUGCAAGGUCUGAUUUUUUAAUAUUAUCUGUACAGGCCAUUUUCAAAUAUUUUAACCAAGAAAAGAGAUACGAAUAAAUGAAACGUUAUACAAAUAAAAUAACUAGCGAAACUAAAUAAAAAAAAACAAUGUCCGUCUUUAAAACUUAACUCCAGUAGAGGUAUAUAGGUGUAAAACAAACUUUUAUUUUCUCGUAAACAUAAUACUUUUUGUCAUUUAAGACAAUACAAAUUGUUACCACUAAUGAAUAUCAAAUUUAAUUUAAAUCGUAUAAAUCAUCUACUUUUUCUUUUCGAGCGUUUUGCUAUGUUAUUCCAGAUGCCAACAUUUAAU